UUAUUUAAUAAUUUUUGUUUUUUAUUUUUUAUUUUUUUUUUAUUUAAAGCUAUUAUUUAAAGUCGACUAAUUAUUCCCUAGAGCUCUCGCCGCCUCUGGUCUUCGCAUCUCCCCUCUCUCUCCUCUCUCUCUUUGGCGCCUCGUCUUCGUGAAUCGAUCGAUCGAUCUCCGUCGCAAUCGGAGGGUUUGGAGCCCCCGGUGAUGCGAUGUCGUCUCUCAGUAGGGAGCUGGUUUUCUUGAUUCUGCAGUUCCUCGAUGAAGAGAAGUUCAAGGAGACCGUCCACAAGCUUGAGCAAGAAUCAGGCUUCUACUUCAAUAUGAAGUAUUUCGAGGAAGAGGUGCAGAAUGGGAACUGGGACGAAGUGGAGCGGUAUCUUGGCGGCUUCACUAAGGUCGACGAUAACCGGUAUUCGAUGAAGAUCUUCUUUGAAAUUCGGAAGCAGAAGUAUCUUGAGGCCCUGGAUAAGCAUGAUCGGGCAAAGGCGGUUGAGAUUCUCGUGAAGGACUUGAAAGUUUUUGCAUCUUUUAAUGAGGAGUUAUUCAAGGAAAUUACACAGCUUUUGACUUUAGAGAACUUUAGAGAAAAUGAACAGCUUUCCAAGUAUGGCGAUACAAAGUCGGCAAGAUUGAUAAUGCUUGUUGAGCUCAAGAAACUGAUCGAGGCAAAUCCUCUCUUCCGCGAUAAAUUGCAGUUUCCUAAUUUAAAGAACUCUAGACUGCGUACUCUUAUCAACCAGAGCUUAAACUGGCAGCACCAGCUGUGCAAAAAUCCUAGGUCAAAUCCUGAUAUUAAGACCCUUUUUGUUGAUCAUUCUUGCGGACAACCGAAUGGUGCCCACGCUCCGUCAACUGCAAGCAAUCCGCUACUUGGCUCUAUGCCUAAAGCAGGAGGUUUUCCUCCGUUGGGUGCACACCCUUUCCAACCUACACCAACACCAGUUCCUACACCCCUCGCUGGUUGGAUGUCUAACUCUUCGGCUGUAACUCAUCCUGCUGUCUCUGGUGGGGCUAUUGGACUUGGCGCUCCAACGAACCCUGCUGCAAUAUUGAAGCAUCCCAGAACACCAAAUACCAACCCUGUUAUGGAUUAUCCUUCAGCUGAUUCUGAACAUGUAUCCAAACGACCUAGGCCCAUUGGAAUUUCUGAUGAGGUUAAUCUACCAGUGAAUAUAAUGCCAGUAACCUAUCCCCAGAGUCAUAGUCAAUCUAUGUACACGACAGAUGACUUGCCCAAAACUGUUGCAAGAGCCCUAAAUCAGGGAUCAACUCCUAUGAGCAUGGAUUUUCAUCCGUUGCAGCAGACUCUACUUCUUGUCGGUACGAACGUGGGUGACAUAGGGUUGUGGGAUGUCGGUACCAGGGAGAGAUUGGUUUCAAGGAAUUUCAAGGUCUGGGAGCUUGGAAAAUGUUCCCUGACCCUCCAGGCCACUCUAGUUAAGGAUCCUGGUGUGUCAGUUAACCGUGUAAUAUGGAGUUCGGAUGGCUCGUUAUUUGGUGUUGCUUAUUCGAGGCAUAUCGUACAAAUAUAUUCUUAUCACGGUGGUGAUGAGACUAGACAGCACUUAGAGAUUGAUGCACAUACUGGGGGUGUCAACGACAUUGCAUUUGCUAUUCCCAAUAAGCAGCUGUGCAUUAUAACCUGUGGUGAUGACAAGACAAUUAAGGUGUGGGACGCGACUAGUGGAACUAAACAAUAUACCUUUGAAGGUCAUCAGGCACCUGUUUAUUCUGUUUGCCCACAUUACAAAGAGAGCAUUCAGUUCAUUUUUUCAACUGCAUUAGAUGGAAAGAUCAAGGCAUGGUUAUAUGACAAUGCGGGAUCUAGAGUGGAUUAUGAUGCUCCUGGACAUUGGUGUACUACAAUGGCUUAUAGCGCUGAUGGUUCCAGGCUCUUCUCCUGUGGGACAAGCAAAGACGGAGAAUCAUACAUUGUCGAGUGGAAUGAGAGUGAAGGAGCCGUAAAGAGAACAUACCAUGGGUUUAGAAAACGAUCUUUGGGUGUUGUGCAGUUUGAUACCACUAAGAACCGGUUUUUGGCUGCUGGCGAUGAGUUCUUAAUCAAGUUAUGGGAUAUGGAUAACACUAAUCUUUUGACAACUAUUGAUGCUGAUGGUGGCCUACCGGCGAGUCCGCGGAUACGCUUUAACAAGGACGGUACAUUGUUGGCUGUUUCCACUCAUGAUAAUGGGAUUAAGAUCUUGGCAAAUGCCGAUGGGCUUCGUCUGCUGCGUACGUUUGACAACCGUUCUUUUGAUCCAUCCAGGACUCUUUCAGAAGCAGUGUCCAAGCCCAUAGUAAGUCCAAUAACUGCUGCUGCUGCCGCUGCCGCUGCCGCCGCUGCUGCUGUUGCAACUAGUUCAGGAAUGGCAGAUAGAGCUGCUCCUUCUAUGACUAUUGCUGAGAUGAACGGGGACAGCCGAAACUUGGUGGACGUAAAGCCUAGAAUAGCUGAUGAGUCAAUCGAUAAAUCAAAGAUCUGGAAGCUUACUGAAAUCAGUGAACCGACUAAGUGUAGAUCUCUAAGGCUCGUGGAUAAUUUGAGGACAAGCAAGAUCUCAAGAUUGAUUUAUACAAAUUCUGGUGUCGCAAUCUUGGCUUUAGCAUCAAAUGCUGUCCAUCUGCUUUGGAAGUGGCCCCGUAAUGAGCGAAAUUCAACUGGAAAGGCAACUGCAAGUAUUCCUCCCCAACUAUGGCAACCACCAAGUGGCAUUUUGAUGACUAAUGACAUAACUGAUGUGAAUCCUGAGGAAUCAGUUCCGUGCUUUGCUUUGUCGAAGAACGAUUCGUAUGUCAUGUCUGCUUCAGGUGGAAAAAUUUCGUUGUUCAACAUGAUGACAUUUAAGACAAUGACGACAUUCAUGCCUCCACCGCCGGCGGCAACAUUUCUUGCCUUCCACCCUCAAGACAAUAAUAUAAUUGCCAUAGGAAUGGAGGAUUCUACAAUCCAAAUCUACAAUGUGCGAGUUGAUGAGGUUAAGAGCAAACUUAAAGGGCACUCGAAGAGAAUUACGGGUCUUGCAUUCUCGAAUGUGUUGAAUGUGCUGGUCUCUUCUGGAGCUGAUGCUCAGAUAUGUGUGUGGGGCACUGAUGGGUGGGAGAAGCAAAGAAGCAGGUUUUUGCAGAUUCCUUCUGGGAGUGCCACAACAAAUAAUUCAGAUACACGGGUUCAGUUCCAUCAAGAUCAAAUACACUUUCUCGCUGUCCAUGAGACCCAAAUCGCUAUAUAUGAGACAACUAAGCUAGAGUGUGUGCACCAGUGGUUCACUCGUGAGAACACUGCGCCAAUUUCGCACGCCACAUUCUCGUGCGAUAGUCAGCUGAUCUACGCUAGCCUUCUCGAUGCCACCGUGUGCAUAUUUUCUGCCUUGGGCUUAAAAUUGCGGUGCCGAAUUCUUCCAGCUGCUUAUCUCCCACCGAAUCUCAGCACGUCCGUCCAUCCGCUUGUGAUCGCGGCUCAUCCAUCGGAACCGAACCAGUUUGCAUUAGGGCUGACAGAUGGUGGUGUCCAUGUGUUGGAGCCGCUAGAAUCCGAAGGGAAAUGGGGAGUUCCUCCGCCCACAGAGAACAGCUCCACAGGCAGCGUGCCCGAACCGGCGCCCGCUGGUGCCUCAACCUCUGAUCAACCACAGAGAUGAUCGAAGAGAGGCGGAACUUUUUUAACCCCUUCUAGUUUUACCCUUCAGAGUAACUAACCGAGAUGGACCUUGAAAUUAUGUAAUAGCCUCUCAAAAUAGCAGGUUGUAGAUGACAAAAAGAUGCUCACAUAGUAAGUUCAGCUGUGUCUUAUUGUGCUUGUUGGCCUGGUAUCUCUUCAUGUAUCGCGGCCGGCGAAGAAAAUGUUUGGCAACAUUGUUUACAUUAUUCUGUUUGGUUCCUGCAAAAGAGUAAAGUCUCCUUCGACGCGGAGGAGAAUACUAUAACAUGAACAUGGAGUUUGUCUUAAGAAUGUAAUUUCUCAUUUUCUAUCGCAAAAGUGUUGUUCAUUUCUCA